AUGAAGAAACAUCGAUCGCCAUCCCAAUUUUGGGACACAGCUCUCAACAAGAUCUUCCCCAGGCGAGCCUCGCGAUCUAGAUCGGACGAAUACGACGCUUUCAUGACUUUUGGGUCCUCCGCUGUCAGCGAACAUACCGACGGCUUUUACAUGUACUCCCAGGCGCUUCUAGACCAGGAAAACAGAAGGCGGGAGGCUUUAUUGCUCCGCCAAUCGGACAGCACAGAUGUUUCAUAUUCGUCCGCUCUCAUGGCGCCAAUUCCGCGACCUGCACUCCCUUACACCAUUAGCUCUCCUGAAUGGAACAUAUUCUCUGAAGCAGUCAAGGCCCUCGAAGAUGCAAUCGACGACGAUGCUUCUGACUGGAUCCACAGUGUCCUGUCGAUCUUUGCUAAGGUCUACGCUGUCGCCAAGAUCGUGGUCACAAUCCUCAUGUACUAUGGGAUUGAGGUGGAAGACAUCCCUGACAGUGUCCCAGCCCAUAUCAGACGUAUGGAAGAAGUCGUGACGUCUGACUCGAUUAUUGACCUGAUCGAUGCCGUAGAGAGUCUUUAUUAUUCUCUGUAUGCGAGGCUCAUAAUGGAGAUCGCAAAUGUUGACUUGUCGACUUGCUUCAACCUGGAACUCCGACGUGCGUCCCGCAAGGAAGGCUUUACGCUCCCCGAGCCUGAUCAUUUGCUCAAAAUCAUGGCACAUUGCAAAAACACCCUCGAAGCGCCAACCGUGUGCAAUAAUGUCAAUGUGGACCUUGUCAAGGUGCACCAGGAUGAGUUUAUCCGCCGCGCCAUGGAGAGGGCCAUCGGCACAGGGUUCUUCCUCGAUGAUCUCCUUGGAUACCGCCGUUAUACUAUGGGGAUCGUGAGCGACAUAUCGUCCAAGUUCCGUCAGAAAUGGAAUCACAAUACAUUUCUUUAUCAGAUACCACCAGAGGAGAUUCUCACUGUUCAGUCCGAAAAGUAUCUUUCGUUUAUUCCCAAGCCGGAAGCCGUGCUGUCCAUUGCUGCCACCGAGCUUCCUUUCGUCGACCGCGACAGUAUUGACCCUGAGAUCUGGGAGAGUGAGCUCGUCAAGGACCACCGCCAGUCAACCUUAGCCAAGAUGGAAGGCAAAGGUAUCGGUGAUAUCAGGCGAGGGGAUGACCGACGCCGCCCGAGCGACUACAUGACAGAGAGAAAAUGCAUCUGUCGCUCAUCAUGCAUUUGUUCCUUGGAAUGCACCACGGAGCCCGAGCGUCAAUGUCCCUGCGCAGACCGUAUGAUGCAGAUAAUGCUUGCGAAACGUCGCGAGGCUCCGGGAACUCGCGACUUUAGUACCCGAUGCGGCAAUCUUGCUAGGGCGAUCUUUGAAGGAGCUUCCUUGAUCAAACGGGAUAUGGACGAUAUCGAGAUCACUAUAGAGCUGGACCAGGCAUUUUCACUUGUGAGCAAUGAGAUCCAGAAGCAGCGCCCGGGCAUGGUGCCCAAAACCGUAUCGACUUCGGCGACUGUAUUAAUAUCCUCCUCCUUGUCAUCACCGUGGUUAUUACCAUCUGCGCGAAAUCCACAGUGGAUCGCAAACUUCAGAGGACCCAGAAUUGGAGUACGACGAUAUACUCGUGCUGGGCCCUCCUACGGCAUCACCACUCCCGUCCCGGAUCGUCCUCCACAGUUCCCCAGUUCCGGAUCUCAGUCUCCAUUCUGCUUCCAGACAGGAUAUGCGCUCUGCGCCAAACGGCCCUCGCGCCCCUUCCCCCCACCGUUCCUGUCCCCGCCGUCCUCGUCCUUUUCCGAUCCGUUGACAACCCACUAUCUAAGUCAGGAUAAGAGAUUAUCCGUCGGGGGUGAACUAAUUCGGGGGCUGAACAACGGCGACGACGCAGUCUUGGUUGCGGAUAAUUUCCUCGGGGUUGAUGAUGGUGUAGGGGCAUGGGCUACCAAGCCCCGAGGUCAUGCUGCACUCUGGUCCCGACUUCUACUACAUUUUUGGGCUCUGCAAGUCGAACGAGAAGUCAAUAAUGAUGCGCAGCUGGAUCCCAUCAGAUAUCUACAACGUGCGUACGAAGAAACGACCCGCGCAACGGCCACACCCAGCGAAUGGUACGGAACUACGACGUCCGUCACCGCGAUCUUACAUUGGAAAUGCGACGAUGAAGGGAACACGAAACCUUUACUUUACGUGACCAACCUGGGUGAUUGCAAGGUCCUUGUCAUUCGCCCGAGCGAGGAGAAGGUCUUAUUUCGGACUAAGGAACAAUGGCAUUGGUUUGACUGCCCCGUGCAGCUAGGGACAAAUAGUGUGGAUACGCCACAGAACGAUGCGGUGCUGUCCCGGGUUGAUUUGGAGGAGGAGGAUGUCGUACUCGCUGUUUCUGACGGUGUUCUGGACAAUCUAUGGGAGCAUGAAAUAGUGUCCAUCACGCUCGAGAGCAUGAAGAAGUGGAAUCAGGGACGGUACGACAACAUAGGCCUCGAAUGGGCUCCUCCGGAGGUCCUGGCGGAAGAACGUAUGGUAUUCGUAGCUAGGGAGCUACUCAAAUCUGCGCUAGCGAUUGCCCAGGAUCCAUUUGCUGAGAGUCCGUUUAUGGAGCGAGCGAUUGAAGAAGGCCUCGCUAUUGAGGGGGGUAAGGCCAAACGCUCAAAGAAGUAUCGCAAGCUCAUGCACCAGUACGAGCUAGCAUUCGGCUUCCGCGAACCCUACCAAGUCCUAGUCGACUCAAACUUCCUCCAGGCAGUACACUCCUUCAAGAUGGAGCUCAUCCCCUACUUAGAACGCACACUGCAGGGCAAAGUCAAGCCCCUCCUAACAAAAUGCUCACUGGCAAAAAUAAUGGCCAAUCAACCUCUCAAUCCCCGAACCAACAACCCCGUCCGUCCUGCCCAGCUCCCUCCGCCCACAGUCCUUCCUCUGCGCCACUGCACCCACAACGAAGACGAAACCCCCAUCGACGAAGUAGAGUGUCUUCUCUCGCUGCUUUCGCCUUCUGCGGAUGUGAAGCGGAACAAGGAGCAUUAUAUCCUUGCUACGGCGGACCCGGCGACGCCAAAGGCUGCGGCGCAGGAUGCGAAUGCGAAGAAGAGGAAGCGCGGCGUUGAUGAGGGGGAAGUUGCGUUGAGAAAGUCUAGGAUGUUUAGGAGUGCGGCACGAGCUAUUCCCGGGGUGCCGAUUGUGUAUGUAAAGAGGUCUGUUAUGGUGUUGGAGCCGAUGAGUUCGUUGUCCGAGGAACUGAGGGAUGGGUAUGAGAAUGGGAAGUUUCGGGCUGGGUUGAAUGAUGAGGCUGUGAAUAAGAAGGGUGGGGAGGGUGCUAAGACGAAGAAGGGGAUGAAGAAGGUGAAGGGGCCGAAUCCGUUGAGUGUGAAGAAGCCGAAGAAGAGGGUUAAUGAGUCGGGUUCGAGUAGGCCGGCGAAGAAGAGGGAUGCGGAGGGCUCUCGUGCGGAGGAUGGAGACGAGAGGGCCGGGGAUGGUGAUGGUGAUUCUGCGCCUAAGCCGAAGCGGAGGAGACGCCAUCAUAAUCGCGGUGCUAGGACUGAUGGUGAUGGCGAGGAACCUUCGGGUGGAGGCGAUACGGUUGCGAUGGAGGAGUGA